GGACGUUAGGCUGGGAGAGCUAGUUGGGUGUAAGGCCGGAAGUGCCCUAAACGGCUGUGUGGUCUUGUGCUCGUUUGGAUGGAACUGAGGGCUUUACAGCUUCUUUCUUUCUUUGCCGUUUUUCACCGGCCUCUUCCUCAUGCUGCCUGCCGACUGUGCCCACAGACUGGUUUCACUACUCACCCAAGCCUUGAACGACUGCGCUGAGCAGAAGCAGCGACUGCAGCAGAACCUGAAGCAGUGCCAGGCUGUUCUUGGAGACUGGAACUUGCAAGCUCCUGAAACCCCAGUCCUUGAGGAUAGCAAAAAUGAUAAUCAAGGAAGUGAGCCUUCAGCCAAAGAGCUUGAGGAACUGGAGCUGCUGAACAAAGCCCUAGAGAAAGCAUUAAGGAUCCGAACAAAGUUCCAGCAGACUCCAUGUAAGGUUAUAGAAGGUGCCAAAGCUGCAGACAAGAAGGCUGUUACCAGCACUGCUGCAAAACAGCAAGCCGGUCAUUCUAAGGAGAGCAUCUCUAAAAUGGUCAAAGAGCCCUCUGUGAGCAGAAAGCCCGUGUCUCCCCACAAGGCGACAGCAUACAUGCUGAAAGCUCCCUAUAGGACAGACCCAGAUGUGAAAAGGGCGCAGGUGAAAAUGUCAGCCAGGCUUUGUUCCAGAUCUUCAAAGGUGCAUGGGAAGAAGGGGUCACCCAAAGGGGCUGCCUCCUCCAAAGCCAGGUUGCCUGCAAAAAUGACUGAAGUGGUUCGUGGAAAGGUCCGUGGCAGCGAAGGACACAGAAUGCCGCCAGACUCUUCUGCAUCGUCACAUUGUGCAAAGCGAAGUCCUUCAUUUGGGAACUCUGUGGGCGGGGACACCGCAGAUGCUGAUGCAUUGUUAUCUGAAGCAGAGCAUAAUCUUUAUGAUCCUGCUGCAGAGUCUGUAGUCACUCAGAGUCAUAUGGGAGAAGGCGUCCCAGGAAUGAGUGCAACAUCCCAGGUAUCUACUCUCCAGGAACAAGGGUCUUUGCUGAAACUGCCACCUCCUUAUGAGAAAGCCUUUUCCAGAUAUACCAGGCUGUGGGAGAAAUGCCGUCUUUGCCAAACGACACCAGAAGCGGCAGCUGUGAGGAAUCGUUUUGUGGAGAAGCUGCAAGCAACAUUCUGCUCGCCUUCACCAGCCUUCAGUCCAGCCGAAGUGAAAAAGGAGUUGAUGCAUCUGCGUGACGUCCACUCUCUUGUGACCCAGUGCAUGAAAGCUGAGACCCCAGCUUCUCUUGGAGAAAAUCUGACUUGGCAGAGACAGUAUGAAAGUCUUCUGACUCUGGAGGGCCUGCAAACGAUGGUAGACCAGUGUCUGGACAAAGUGCAUCAGCUAAGAGAAGCCAUGGAGUCCCAUUCGAAGCUGUUUCCCGUUGACUCUCCUUGCGACAAGGAGUGUUCCUGCGCGUGCUGUGUUUCCCCUGGAAGGCAAAGCUGUUGGGAUGUCAAAAUGGUUGGGCCACCUCCUCUGCUUUUCUACUCCAGCUUGAAGGAGCUGAGGGAGAUGGAAGCCUUGAAACUGAAGGUGGCAAUGCUGCACCAGCAACUUGACAUACAGAAGGCCAUGGAAGCUGAACUACUUCCUCUUCUAGAACCUGGGCGUGUUGAGGAAAGCUCCAGAGCGUCACUGUACCGUGCCAUUUACACGCUGCUGUGUGAAGGGAAUGAGCGCUUCCCUGUUCUUGUUAAAGAUGAGGAACUAUCCAGCUGACCUGACACUUAGAGCUGACCGUAUGUCAAAGCACAUGGUAAGCAUCAAACUCCGGCUGCAGUGUUUAACCCAGUGCACAUCCUUGAACUGUUCCAUUAAUGAUGAAGCUUAAUGGUACGCUGAGCGGCAACUGUUUUUCUUGCAUGCAUUCAUAAAACAAAUAAAAUGGUUUUAUACCUCUGAAA